AUGGGAAAAGUUGUUAGACUAGUGAGAGGUUCGUGGAGAAAAAAUGCAGAGGGCGAGUGGAACCUCGAAUUGAUCCCAACAGAAGUUAGCUACGGAGUGAUGGCGCUCGCCAACAGAACCAGGGGAAGUACGUUUGGAGCAGUUUCCAAUGUCUUACCCGAUGAUGACAUACAUCACCAUGGUAAUUCUCCUUUCCCAAACCCUACUAAUUUUAAGCGUGCUAAAUCAUGUCGAGGAAUUGACGACACAUUGGUGUUUUGGCAAGGACUUCUAGGGAAAUGCUACAUCCACGCAAGUGAGAGUGUGUUUAAUGAAAUCUUUAAUUCUGACGAGGUUGCAAUGGUGAGGGUGUCAACCCCUGCUGUCCCCACUAUGGUUCUCGAAGCUCCACCAAAUCCGAUUUCCCCAGACUUUGAUGAUUGUGAUGGAUCAUCAACCGGUUCGUCAAAUGAUAUUGGGAUUUUGGAUGGUUGUGAAAUCAUGCCACGAAACAAUGUGGUUUUGCUUGAUGAAGAUCUAGAUAUCUUAGAGGAAUCUGUGCGUUUCAACACACCUACACCAAGGCCUGUUACAGGAGGAAGUAUCAAUAUAUUUGCAUAA